AUGUUAUUUUACUACUUAUUUGAAUAUAUUGACGACGUGUUUUCUAGUGCAUCUCCUACAAAGAAGUCGCGGGUUCUGCAGAAAGAUGAAGUAGAUGGCGAACAAUGCACGCCUACUAAAUCCAAGCCUAUACCUAUAGCUAAGGUAUCCAAGGGACAGUUAGUUCUGAGAUUGUCCGAUCUAGAUGGCGAUACGGCUGAAUCAACACCUUUGCUUAGACUAUCCAAGGCCACCUUAGCUGAUAAGGUCGAUGAUGAGGAGACCGACGAUGAUGCUAUGCUCGUAUCACCAAAGUUGAUUGCGAACAUGUCACCUAAUGAGCUUCAUGCACUUAUGGCUAUGAUCGAUGCAAGCUUGCAGACUUCAAAGACGAAGGUCAAUCAGUACAUGGUGAAGAAACCCAUCAAAGUACAAAGCUCUGAUGAAGAGUUGGAGGGCGAUAUUUCUCCAAUGGAGAUUGAUAGUACCAAGAAUGACGAGAAUGACAGCAAUGGUAUGGAUAAUUCUGAUACUUUGGAGGACAAUGAGGCAGAGGAAGAUGAUGAGCACAUGUAUGACAAGAAGGCGAGGAAGGUUGAAGUGAAAGGGAAAGGAAAGAUGACGUUGAAAGCACUUGAUGAUCAAGAGGAUGAGGAUGGCAAUUUCAAGGUACGUAAGGGCGGAGCAAAAGGUCAAAGGGCAUUCAAGGAAGAAGAUAAGGAUGAGGAUGAUGUAGAGGAUGGUGACGAGAAUCAGAAGGGAAAGGUAAAGGCACAUUCAAGGAGUCUAAGAGCACCGUGGUAG